AUGCGGAAAGCCUUGAAUCUCGCUCUUACUGGCGUUGCGUGGUUCUCUAGACUCGCUCUGUCUCAGAGUCCAUCGGCAUUUCCAAUCGUUGAUCUUGGCUACGAGCUGCACCAAGCUUCGACUUUCAAUUCUACGGGGGCCUUCUACAAUUUCUCGAACAUAAGGAUAUGUCCGCAGGCAAAUCCUGCUUGGGAGCUGAUUGCUGCCGUGUUUGACCCCGAUUACCUAGAGGGAAAGCCUUUCAAUCUAUCAGCAACCGUGGCAGGCCUAGCGAAUCAAUCCGGUUCCCUUCCCUCUCUGGACCCUCGGACGACGGAAGACUGUCUCUUUCUAGAUGUUGUCGUACCUCAAAACAUCUUGAAAUCGGCUUCCAACAGCAUGAACCUCACGUCCGGCGCCCCGGUCCUGGUGUGGAUUUACGGUGGGGGAUACACUGCAGGGGAUAAGAGCGCACGCAGCCCCGCAGGCUUGAUCCAGGCGAGCCAAGUCAAUGAUACUCAAGGAAUAAUCUUCGUCUCUUUGAAUUAUCGUCUGGGGGCUCUUGGAUGGCUCGCAGGUCCCACUCUCCAAAGCGAUGGGACAGCUAACGCUGGCUUGUACGACCAACGUCUUGCUCUUCAAUGGGUCCAAGACAAUAUUCAUAUAUUCGGCGGUGACCCAAACCGAGUCACCGUGAUUGGCGAGUCUGCCGGAGGUGGAUCUAUCAUGCACCAAAUUACCGCUUUCGGCGGGCUUAAGGGUCCUGCACCAUUCCAACGUGCUGUCCUGCAGAGCGCCGCCUUCCAAAAUAUCGUAUCUAAUCUUCAGCAGGAGACCACAUUCGAUGCUUUCCUCUCGUUGCUUAAUGUGGCGAACUCUUCGUACGGAGAUUAUUCGUUUGGGCCUGUGGUAGAUGGCUUGUUCGCCCCAGCGAUCCCAGGGAAAUUGCUUCUUCAGGGCUCCUACGACCACAGCCUCACUCUCAUGCUGGGGCACAACGCUGAUGAGGGUCUUCUGUUUACGAAUCCUGCGAUAGGGAACGAUACCACCCUCAAUACUUAUCUCUUGAGCGCUUUUCCUACCAUCAACCCCAGCGUUGCGGAUUAUAUUGAGAACGUGCUUUAUCCACCCAUCAUGCCUGGCACCCUGGGAACUACUGGUUAUUCCGACGAGACCGGUCGAGUCGAUUUGUUAAUCUCAGAGUCUACUUUCACUUGCAAUACUUUCUAUCUUGACAAAGCCUUCGGCAAUCAGACAUACGCAUAUCAGUUUAGCGUGCCUCCCGCCCUUCAUGGGCAAGAUCUCGCUUAUACAUUCUUUAACGGUCCCAGCAGCUCUGUGGUCAGCGACCCUAUCGCUGUAGCGCUUCAAGAGUACAUCACCAGCUUUGCUAUCAAUGGAGGCCAGCCAAGUGGACCCUUGCUUCCAAUGUUCCCUAUCUAUAGCAAUGCGAGUGACAUUAUCGAUGUGAAUGCCACAAGUAUUACCGAGAUCAUGGAUCCCAUUGCUAACUCUCGUUGCGACUGGUGGCAGAAAGAGUUAUACACAUUGAAGUUGACCCAGCAAUAUCUUCAUGGGGUGAAGCACGCCAGCGAGGCUGCCGAUGCACUUGGAGCUGAACUUCAGCUUCUCCACGACACCCUCUGCCGUCUUGAUGGAUUUCUCCGUAGCGACGGUGCCCAGAGGCAGUCGUUCGAUGAAGCCUCGGUGCUAGUAUCCAGCACAGGUGCCUGCAGGACUAAGCUGGAAGUACUGCAUAAGAAGUUAGAUGGUGCUGCAAAGAGUCGCUUGAACCGAGCCUUGUGGCCUCUGAACGAAAAGGAACACCGCCAGUCAGUGCAAGAGUUAAGGGCGGUUGCUCAAUGUAUUCACUUUGCCAUGACAAUCGAUGAAUGGAGCGACGCAGAGCAGAGCCAGAUAUUGCAAAAUGAUCGCAAAUCCCAGGAACGCGAAAAGAUCCUGAACUGGAUUUCGAAUUUUGAGAACGAGAGCAAACACAACGCCAUUCGCAUGCCACGGGUAGCAGAGACAGGUGAGUGGCUGACGAAUACCGAAGAAUUCACGACCUGGCGCAAGGGUGUGGAAUUGCCAAGCGUAUUAUGGUGCCAUGGCAUCCAAGGUUCUGGAAAAUCCGUCAUGACCUCUCUAGUCAUCGAUCGAUUAAGGGAUGAAUACGUUGGCCAGAAAGUUGCCAUAGGCUUCGUAUACUUCGACUAUCAAGACCAGAGAAGCCAAUCGCCUGAGAAUGUGGUCGCAAGCCUUCUGAGACAGGUCGCUUCUCAAAAGCCCGUACUUCCCACAUCGCUACUAGAGCUUUACACGAAGUUCGGGGAGCAAAACCGAAGGCCUCAAAUACAAGAUUUCGAGCUCACACUGUUGCAUGUAUGUCAAAACUUCGAUCAAGUUUUCAUUGCCAUUGACGCUCUCGACGAAUGUGAUGAGGGACAAAGUCGGAAACAUUUCCUUCUUUUCCUGGCUACAUUACAACAAACCCCGAGUAUCCGGCUGUUCGUUACUAGUCGCCCUUAUCCGGAAGAAAUCCGAAAAGCCUUCGGCUCAGCCCCCCAAGUUACUGUCGAGGCCAGCGAUGCAGAUUUGAGGAAGUAUUUGCGGAGGAGGAUAGAGGACAGCGAUAGCGCAGAUAUUAUUGACGAGGGUUUCAAACAACAUCUCGUCGAGACAAUCGCAAAAGGUGCACAAAAGAUGUAUGCCAACCAAUUCCCCGAAGUAGCCGUAUUCACUGCAACGUUCCUGCUACCCACCUUGCAGAUUCAAACCAUUGUCAAUGAGCCCACUACUGGAGAGAUGGAAGACGCACUUGAAGCCAUGCCGCACGACCUGCAUCAGGCUUUCUACCAGACACUCGCAAGAGUACAAAGGCAGCCAGACGGCCGAAAGCGACUGGGCAUGAACAUUUUACUGUGGGUAUCUCACGCCCAGGGUUCGUUGACUGUAACAGAAUUGAGUGAAGCAAUGGCUGUCAAGCCUGGAAAUACCUCCUUGAAUCCAAGACGUCGGCCCUCACAAAAUAGAAUUAUAGGGUGUUGCUUGGGCUUAGUGACGGUUGAUCGGGAGAGCUCCAGUGUCCGUCUGGUACAUUAUGCCUUGCAAGAGUUCUUUCGGGAUCAUCGAGAAGAGAUUUUUCCCUCGGGAGAAGACGAAAUUGCGGAAAUAUGCAUCACAUAUCUUUGUUUCGACGACUUUGUCCGUGGUAGUUGUGAGUCCGAAGCUGCAAUCGAGCGUCUAAUACAAAAUUCUCCCCUCCUCCGCUAUUCUUCGAGCUACUGGGGUCAUCAUGUACGAUUUUCACACUGCGACCGAAUCUACGGACUGGCACUCAGAUUGCUUCAUUCUCAGCCCCGCCGAGCUCUCUCCACACAAAUCCAACGUUAUUCGCAGGGAUAUCGUGCGGAAUAUUGGGAACCAGACGAAGUGAACAGUCACAAUGCUUUCCACUGGGCUUGUAGCCACGGGCUGCAAACCGCAGUGUGCAAUAUACUAGACUCGGAAGACAUUGAUAUUGAUGCCGCAACCUACAUGGGUACUACCGCACUGAUCCGAGCUGCCUCUUCUGGCCACCUGGACCUAGUAAAAUUACUUAUGAGUCGAGGGGCAGACCCUACGAAGGCGAACUGGUACGGAACAGUGCUUCACUGUGCUGCCGAAGCAGGGCAGUGCGAAAGCAUCAGCUUUCUAUUGGAUAGUGGCAUGAACAUCGACUUGAGAGAUACUUUCGGACGCACUCCCUUGCAUUGCGCGUCAGACCAAAGACAUGUAUUGGCCAUGGAAUUACUCCUGGACAUGGGCGCAGACCCAAACGCACGGGACAAGGCAGGGAAUACGUUGAUUCACGAUACUGCCCAAACAGGAGAUGAACGACUAAUGCGACGACUGUUGGAAGAUGUACGGGUUGACAUCUCAGCAACGACAGUUAGAGACGCAACGGUCCUCCACUGCGCUGCCCGCGGAGGUCAUGCCAACAUCGUUCGCAUGCUCCUUGAUGUGGGUGCUAGAAUAGAUGCGAGAGGUCAUGGCGGCUGCACUGCGCUACACCUAGCGGCAGGAUGGGGAAGAGAAGACGUCGUACGGUUGCUAGUGGAAGCAGGAGCAGACGUGAAUGCUAAGACUGACGACAAGGCUACUGCCAGGUACUUCGCCGCCGCUGCCAAUCAUGAAGGUAUUCAGCAGCUACUUCUGGAGCAUGGGGCCGAGAAAGGAGUAUUCCAUUACCUAGACGGUAGUGCUCAGUCAGUAGGAGACGCUGAUGAUUCCUGUCACCAUGAAAAUCUUUCUCUGGUAGAUGUGGGGGGACUUCCAUACUUCUCAGGCUCGUACAUAGGCAAGCCUGCUGUCGCUUGGACGGAUCAAAGACAGUCAGACGAAGGGGAGUCGCAUGGGCCAGCGUACUUGCAUAGGAAGGAAUGA